UACUCCCAUGCUCUUUUGUUAUUUAGAAAAUUUCAAGGGAAAGGGUUUAAGGAUCAAGCAAUCAUGUUUCUUGACAUGCCGUAUGUGAUAACAAUGUUGUAAAUUGGGAACGCUGAUAUUAUAAAAUUAUUGUGCUUGGUGUAUCAUGAGAUUUCCUAAUGUGAUUCUUUCUUGCCAAAUCUCACAUUCGGAACGUAGCUCCCCCAUCAAUUUGGUGGAUUUCGGCUCGGGGCUGUUCAACAAGACUCCUUCGGAAGAGAGCGGAGGCUCUGGGGGGCCCCAAUCGAGCGGUAGCGGCGGACCCCCCCUCACCGACUCCCCUCGCACCGAUGGCGCCAGUUUCUUCCCCUCUAACAUCAUCAACAGCGUCGGUGCGAGCGUCGGAGCGAUGGGGGCGUCCGUCGGCGCCUCCGUAGGCGCGAUGGGCGCGUCGGUGGGUGCCAUGGGCGCAUCGGUGGGUGCGUCUGUCGGCGCCCUCGGCGCUACUGUCGGCUCUUCCGUUAAAGAAGUGGGCGCCACCGUCAAAGACAUGGGGUAUGUUGUGUUGGUGGAAACUUAGCUGUACUCUCAACACAGAUACGACACACAAGACACCUUAGACAACCCUCACACCACAACUGUCAGAAAACCUUAUUUGCUAGCAAAUAUUUUAUAUGGUCGAUUUUUUUUUGAGAUUUUUUUUUCAUUUACAAUUGGUAUGCUCCAUUGUUCAUCCUUCAAUAUCAUCCAUCUUAAUAGUUUGUGAUUUAUCUGGUGAUUAAAUGGUGUUAGAGCUUUUCCUUCCAGACUACAUGUUCUAGGAUAAAAAGGAAGUAUUUACAUGGGCAUGAUAUCGGAUUGGUAUACUGAAGUAUAUGUAUGUGUGACGUCAAUGAUGGAAACAAUUGAAUGCCUCUCUUGUUGAAAACAGCUCCUAAUCGAAAAACUUUCAGAAAAGUGUUCUCAUCCUCAACAGAUUACUUCAGCAUAGAAUUACAUUUAAAAUAUUCAAGGAUAUUCAGAAAAUGAUGCUGAUGUUCAAGAGUCUGAAUCAUCAGAUGCUUUUGAGAAGAAAAAUUUCUUGAACCUCUUUUAAUUUUACAAUUAAGUUUUACAAGAAGUUAAAAAAGUUCAAAAGUUAACAUGACAUGUUUAAAAGCCAUGAUGUUAUUCAAUGAAUAUCUCUCCAAACUGCUGCAAUAGUUCGUUGUUGCAAUCAGGUUGACGGUCUCAUAACUUUCCCGAAUCGAUAGACAAACAGCGAUUUACAUAAAUGCUAUUUAAUUAUUUAAAGCAAAUUAUUCUUCAGGAGAAAAAUAUCAGAAUGUAAAAUUUUACCCUUAAUUAAAGGGGAUAAUAAAAAUAAUUUUUAUUUUGGGGAAAAUCACAAUAUUUUUUCAAAAAUAUUCAUUUUAUAUCCUGUACAGAUGUUCCAGAUUGAAAAACUUAAAAUCUUUAAAAUAAAAUGAAAUGACCAUUGAUGUUUGUAGUCCGUGUGCCAAAUUUCAUGGAAAUAUCUAUAAAAAGAUGUUGAUGUUAUGGUAAAAAAACUUUUUUUUCUUAAAACUCAUAAGCUCAAAAGGUAAUAGUUUCAGGACAUAGACAAUUUUCUUCUCAAAAACAAACGGACUCAUAUCCUUAGGACUCAUCAUCUUUCUCUGAAACACCCCUUUUAUUUGGAAAUGACGUUUUUAUAUGAAGGGAUGUAUCAUUCCACUUCACUUCUAGUGCAAAAUUAUGGCUACGAAGUUAUGAAGAUGCCAUCUCAAGGAUCGCAGAAAGAAUUUAACUGUUAGAUUACUGGGAAUAAUGAAGAUAGCAAUUCAAAACGAAAUACAAAUAUCCUUGAGGCUGGAUAUAAAGCAGUUUGAAACUGAUCACUGCGAAUUAUCUUCAAAAACGCAGCUAAAAUAUUAAACAUCUAAAUGUCUGGUCAUCUUUGAUCAAAUAUAUACAUCAUAUCCGUAAACCUUGCCAUUGACAGUCAAAAUAUCCGUAACUUAUAAGAACUGAUUCUUACUUUCAACUGGAAAUCUCACGAAGGUGAGAGGUACUCAGUUGCACAAAGUUUUGAGCUUUGAUGCCAUCUUCGGAAUAAUAUGUAUAUGUAAAACCAACAAGAUAAGGAUGACAAGGUUUUAUUGAUCUGGAUUAUUAGAAGUAUGAUGGCGAGGUUACAACAGCCUCAAUGUGCUAUAGGCAAAAAAAUCAUUCCAUUCUACUUCUUUUCGCUUGUCCAAAGGCUAACUUAUGUUAGGCAGAACAUGAAAUUUAGAAGAUCACAAAGAGGAAAGAGUGAGCACUUCCAACUUGAGGUUCUCGAAAAUAUCAACAAAGAAUACAAAUGUGAUGACCACAUACAGAAUUGAAACCAUCUCAUCUACUUCGCAGAAGCUUUAAGCUUCUGAGAGGCUUAGGAGAGUCGGGAUAGAAUACAACUGUCUUACAAUUACUGCAUCAACUCUUCUAGCCAAUCGAUUAUUCAUCACUAGAAGUUCAUCAUUCAGUUUUCAAGGCAGUUAUAUAACCUAACUCAAACUAAACUAACCUAAUUGAUGCUUCUACCAAGCUUCACAUAUCCAGUUCACCAGAUAUUUAUCACAGUCUCGAAAAUAUAAUCAUUUAUGUCAUCUCAGUGAUUGUACUGCGCUUGCAUCUGUAGAUUGUUUGCCCUAUUCCUACUAUGUCAUCUCCGGAAUAAUCUGUUAUAUUUUUCUGAUAUUUCUCG